UCGUAAAUCCACAAUUCUAUUUCUCUGUUUUUAAUUUAAUAGAAUUGAUGAUAUCAUUGCUUAUUUGCUCACAAAACUUUGAUAACUUUCACUUUUAGACCUAAAAUAUUCAUUUACGACUAGUUCAUGACCACGAAAAACAGCACGGAGGAUGUGGCUGUGGAUAGUGACUCACUCGAAAAAUUGCAACAAGUUAUAAAGGAAGUUAAAGAAAAAGAGACACACCUGAAGACAUUGCGAGAGACAAUUGAUGACGAAGAUGGUCUUGUCGUUCGAUACCAAAUGGCCCAAGACUUGGCGAUACGAGUUGAAGAAAAAGAAGUCAAAUGUAAAAGUUACAAAACACAAAUCGAAAUGGUGCAGAAAUUAAUAUUAGCGAAAAGGAGGAUAAUCUACGAGGUACAAGAGAAGAUCGAUAAAAAGAACUACGACAAAAUGAAACUUGUGGAGAAAACUGAGGGACUGGGCACACAAGCUGACAAUAAUGUAGACACUAAGCUCAAGAAUAUAAAAAUAACUAGAAUCAUGAACCGGCUGGUCGCCUAUCGGAAAACGUUUCUUUUACAGGAGAUCAUGGAUGUUUUCAAAAUUGAUAUUGACGGUGGCCCAGCUUCCAUGAAACAAAACCGAGUGCGGAGUGAUUGCAAAUGUGUGCUCGUCGACACAAUACGAGGACUUCACCUACCACAUAUUGCCUCAAUUCAACUUUCGCCACACAACGAACGGGAAACAACUGCAGCAAUUGGACUGCUCAUUCAAAUGCUACAUGUCAUCAGUCGCGUUUUGGAAUACUCCUUGCGUUAUCCGAUUGUGCCUGCAGCAUCUUUUUCUAAAGUUUACUGUCCGAUAGAUGACAAAUGGGCAACGCUAUCCGGAUGGAAGAAAAGAUCGGAACGUGAACGAUUUCUUGAAGGACUCAGUUGGCUAGCCAAAAAUAUUGCCCAACUUCGAUCCGACUGCGGAAUUCCUACUCCAAUGGCUGAUAAGACACUUUCAGUAUUAGCGGACUGGAUACGUUCAGUGGUUGAAGGGAAAUAUGUGUGCAUUUAUGAUCGGCCUAUCAACAAUACAAGUAGUCCUUCAAGCCUUCUCGUCAACUUCCAACCACCACAAGAUGCUUUACCUACAGACCUACCGGUACCAUGAUGAUAUCCAUGUUGACUUACUGCACACAUUUCAUGUUGCAUUGUUUGGGUUUAUUUAUUUUCAGUGUUUGAAAAAAAAACGAAUUUAUUUUUU